AUGGUGUCAUUUACUGAGGCUGACCUGGACAUGGUACAGCAUCCAAACAACGAUGAUCUGGUGGUAUCUCUCAAGAUUGGAGAAUGCCAGAUCAAGCGCAUUCUGAUUGACCAAGAGAUUAAAGGGGAUCAGGUACAGGCAAAAAAUUGCUCCAUGGCAGCAAUAAAAUCCACCUGCAACGUACGAGAAACAGAAACAGUAAAUAUUGAGGGCGAGGACAUGGAGGUCCUAGAUGACGUCGGCAAAGAGCCGGUCGACAAAAGCGAGAAAGCUUUGAAGAAAAUUCUGAUCCAGCAAGGGGAUGAAGAGCACUUCUUCCUUCUCGGCUCAGGCUUGACAGAGAAUGAGGAAAAGGAGUUUGAAGCAUUCUUGCGAGCAAACAUAGAGGUAUUUUCUUGGACGCCCUACGAUAUGCCUAGCAUUGACCCCAAGGUAACAUGCCACAGACUAAACAUAGACAGGAGUUCAAACCGUCAAGAAGCGCAAGCAGGAGUAAUGCUAGUAUCGCAAGAUGGGCGGAUGUUAGAACAAUCUAUUCGAUUGGGGUUUAAGGCCUCAAACAAUAAAGUAGAAUAUGAAGUACUGAUUGCAGGAUUGAAAUUGGCAGCAGCAAUGAAAGCCGACGAGGUGGUAGUCUUCUGUGACUUCCAACUUAUUGUGAACCAGGCAAUAGGUGAGUAUACAGCCCGAGAUGAAAGAAUGAUAGCCUAUGUAAAAGAGGUUGUCAGACUGUUAACCUUAUUUUAG